UCAAAAGUGGCGCGAUCGCAGAGGGAGCUGACAACCGGUCCCCGACGCUAUUGCUCUUAAAUUUGGAGGCAUCGUUUCCUUUCGAAGUUCGAAUUGCAUCUAGUGGAAAUUAAGAACUUCAAACUUAAAUAGUGAGAAAAGAUUUCUGCUGGUUUUAUAUCAUGUAAAAUUUUAAUAUUAUAUAUUAGUGCAAUGCUGUCAAAGUAUUCAAUAUACGGCGGAGGACGAUGGCGGGAGAUUGAUAUAGAUACAGGUCGGGUCGCAGGAUGGGCAGGCUCCAAUUUUGUAUGUACAAAACGCGGCAACUUAGUAGUCCUUAAAUCAAAAGCUGUUUUAAGAGGAUUGAAAGACCUUGCAAGUGACCACAUAAGCACGGUGAAAGAUGGUUUUCAACUAACACAAUUAAUAAAAAAGAAGAAGAAAACAUCUAAAAAGUCGCCAAAGCAAAUUAAAUGCAAAUGUUACUAUCAACCUAAACAUGUUUGCGCUCCAAAUGACAAAAUUCUACAAGCAAAUUUGUGUCAUGCCUCUAUUCAGUGCAACAUAGUGUCUAUGAAUAAAAAUCUGAAUAAAAUAAAUAUUAGAGAAUCUGUAGAGAAAGAUCUAGAAAGCGUUAAAACUACUGUCUCAGAUAACAUUGCAAGAGCAAUAACAAUAUCAGAAAAUGAUGUGGAGACAUUCCGAAGCUACAUUGUACAUAGUACAAAUAAUAUAUUCAAUGUGGAUCUCUUUAUGUAUGAUUCAAACGAUGACUACAAACGGAGUGUAUUUUAUAAAAUAACACCGAUUGUUAAAGUUCAAAGACAUCCAAUUAUACAAAGUCUUGUCAGACAAAACAAAUUCAAAAUUAAAUUGAACUCUAUAGAGAUAAGGAAUGAAAUGAAAACGCUUUCGAAAAAAACUAAUUAUUGUGAGCCAAGAAUUAAAAUUGUUAAUUAUGAGGAUAAGUCUGAUAGUGAGAGGGAUAUAAAAAAUAAGAAAGUUGUCAAUGAUCAUCAGAAGUUUGAUAUAGUAAAUAAAGAUUUAAUUGUUGAGAAUAAAGGAAAGAGAAAAGCCCCCGAAGCAAUAAAUCAACCAAAAAGACCAAGACAUAACAAUAGCGAUAGUUUGAAGGAGAACAUGGAUGUUCAGAGAGACCAGUUUGAAAAACCGAUAAAUAAAGUGUUUUUUGUUAAAAAGUCUUCUGUUAAGAAUAAAAGAAUGAGGCCCACAAACGAGUUCUCAUUAUUGGAAGACGAGGCAAUGGUUGCUUGGAUAGUUACAAACAAAAAAGGGAACUUUGUAAAUGGUAACAGAAUGUGGAAGGAGAUGGAACCUCUACACUUAAAAGUCACCGGACAUCAUCGUUCAUGGCAUUCCCUUCGGAACCGAUACCUGCGACAUCUCCUCCCAUCCCUCGGUAGCCUCAGCUUGACUCCUUCACAGGUCACGGAUCUCCGGGCUGCGGCUGCUACUGGUGAACUAAAAGCCAAUAAAAUGAACAAGAAUAACUCGAUAUACAGAACUGAGCCUGUUCGCAGUGCUUGGAAUGCACGGCCCCAGAAGCUGAAACAUUCUGAUGACGAACCCUUUACGCCGCCUCGAAAUUUACGUUCAAAUGUAGUAUCACCGACGAAAAGCAAAUUGCCAACAUAUUCAGAAAUAACACGAAGAUUUGCUGAAAAACAUCGCUCGACACCUAAUUCUGAAGAGGAAGGGUCACUUAGAGUAGUGAACAUCGAUGAGAAGCAAGACAAAAAGACGGAAGAAAAAUUCGUUAGCAAAUCACGUGAAAAAUCUUUAAGAUAUGUCAGUAGAAGAGAAAAGAGUGGCGUGGAAAAAAAGAACCGUACAGGUCGCAAGAGAAAUGAAACUGAUACAGAUAAAGAAAUUAAAAACAAUAAAAAGUUUGAAAAUUAUUUGGCAAGUGCCGAAAGAUCUGAUUUUAUUAAUAAAUAUGAAAAGCGCAAAAAUAAAGAUGUUUCCGACACAGAACAAAAGAAUGAAAAGCAAGGUCGCAAUGAGACGCGUCAAGAAAACAGAUCUUCAAGGAGACUUCGCCAUGAGAGAUCUGCUGUAGUAGAUAAUACACUUGGACAAAACAGAAACGAAGUGAAAUCAGAUACAGAACAUAAAAAUCAAAGGCAAGGCCCCAAAACGCUUGAAAAUAGAGCUUCAAGAAGACUUAAAAGCCCGGAGAGAUCUCAUACUAAAAGAAGCAUAGAGCGACGCAAAAAUGAAGAUACGGAACUCGAAAACAAAAAGAAGGAUGACAAUAGUCGAUCUUCUAAAAGAAAUGGAGUUGAAAAAAAUUCCGGUUUGGAUAAGAAUCUUAGAAAGCGUAGAAAUGAAACUGAUACAGGUUCAGAAUCAGAAAACCAAAAGAGAGAUGACGAUGGUCGAUUUUCUACAAGAAAUAAGGAAGAAAUGUCUGGUGUGGACGAGAAGAGUUUUAGACAGCGUAGCAACAAAAAUGAUUCAGACUCAGAACCAGAAAACACUAAGAAAGAUGACAAUGCUCGAUCUUCUACAACAAAUAGAGAUAAAGAAAAGUCUGGUGUAAAUACGAAUCUUAGACAGCGCAGAAAUAAAAAUGAUUCAUACUCAGAACCAGAAAACAAAAAGAAUGAAACUCGAUUCUCUAGAAGACUUGAAGAGGAUAAAUCUGGUAUACAUAAGAAGAACACAGAACAUAAAAAUAAAUCAAGAAGUCAUCAAAGUCUGGAAAGAUCUGUCACAGAACAGAAGCGGCGUCUUAAACAGGUCAGAAAUGAACAAGAAUCGGACGCUGAAGAAACAAAAAAGCAAGAUAAGGAACGGGAAAGGAGAUCUUCGAGAAGACUUCGAAGUCUAGAAACAUCUCACACGGAAAAGAAAAAUCUUGGAUCACGUGGAAAUUUAGAAGAAAAUGAUAAAUCCGGUAAAAGUGAUAAUACAUUUUCAAGAAACAAAACGAGGGACAGAUCUGACACAGAUGAUAAAGAAAAUGGAGCCGACAACAAGAUGUAUCUAAGAAAAUAUAGAUAUAAAUCUGGUCCCGAAUUGGAAAACGCUAAACCCACAAAAAAGCGAGAAACUGGAAAUAUUAGUAAAAAUGGGAGAAAUGUCCGUGAUAGAAGCGAAGGAGAAAAGGGAGAUAAGCGUACGACAGAAAAGGGCAAACAUGUCAAAGUUGAUAGAUCUAAACGAAAGUAUAUAGAAAUCUCAGAUUCGGAGUCUGAAAAUGAACGGGAAAAGAAAAAUAAAAGAGACAAAAGAUCUUCAGGCUCUGAUAGUGAUUUCGAAAAAACUUCAAAAAAAGAGACAACUAGAAAUCGUAGUAGGGUCGGCAAACAAAGCGACGAUAGCGAUUUCAGCGGUACCUCCGCUCAAAUGUCAAUAACUUCAAAGAGUGACUUUGACAGCUCCAACGACAAUGUCAAGAAACGGUUGACAAGACAAAGCCACAAAGUCGAAUCGGGCAGCCGAGAUAAUAUCAUUUUUGAAAUUAGUGACAACGAUGAAGCGUAUGCCAGUAGAUCUGACACAGAGGUCAAAAAUACUGGAAAAAGAAAUUUAAGAAAACUUUUUAACCACAGACCACUGUAAUAAAUUAAAAUAUCCGCCAUCUUGAAUGUUGAGUCUGUGCCUUGUCAGCGAAAAUGCAUGUUAAAUGAGGAUAUAUUAUUUUUAUAAAUAAAGCCUAUAUUUGUGUUUUA